AUGGUCCGCGCUACUCUCACCACCGUUGCCUUGUUGGCCGUGUGCCGGGCUGUCGGCGCUGCGCCCUCGGCCGCCGAGUCCAAGGUGAUCAGCUCGGGCUUCUCCUUCGCCGACUGGGUGGAGCAGAUCAUCGCCAACCCCGACGCAGCCUUGACUCCGGACCAAGCCGUCGAUGCCUUCAACGCUGCCCGAAACAACACUGGCUCCGUCGAACACAGCAGGCGUGGCGAGCUCACGAAGCGGGUCACCUGCAACGAGAAGCCCGGCACCGAGGCCCCCGUCGCCGACGCCGUAGCCUGCAUCAACUAUCUCGCCAGCCUCGGACAGCAAAAGUGCGAGUGCCAGAGCUACAAACAGUUCUGCUCGCUCGGCGGCGCACAGCUCACGGGCCAGUCGGGCGUGAACCACAUUACUGUCCCCUGCAACGAUAUUGCCCGCGCUGGUGGCCUCAUUAUGGAUUCCUGCACACGGGCGGACAACACCGUGCAAGGGUCCGAGUAUACUCCGGGGAACAACAAACUGUUGAUCCGCAUCUACAAGUCCUAA